AUGAGUUCAACAGUUCCAAAACAUAUAGCGGUUCUUGUUCUAGACACACCAAUUCCUAAAGUUGCCGAGAAAUAUGGUGAUUUUGGUGAUAAUACAAUUGAUUUGUUAUCUAGAGCAAAUAAUAAAUCAUCCAUUGUGAAAUAUCAAUUAUGUAAUUCAGACAUUGAUGAAUUAGAUCGAGUUUAUGAAAAUUUACAAAAUAAUAUUUCCAAAAAUUUGAUAACUGGUUUUAUUUUAACUGGAUCUAGAAGUAAUGCAUUUGAUGAAACUAAUUGGAUUUUAAAAUUAGAUGAAUUUAUUAUUAAAACUUUAUAUAAAUUAACCAUCCCUAUUGUUGGUAUUUGUUUUGGUCAUCAAAUAUUAGCUAAGAAUUUGGGAUGUAAAAUAGGUAGAAAUGAAUUAGGUUGGGAAAUUGGUAUUCAUACAAUUGAAUUAAAUCAAGAAAUUUUUAAACUUGAUCAUAAUCCAUUUGUUAAUAAUUUAUUACUUGCUACUACUAAUACAGAUGAAGAUAAAAAUCAAAAGAAACAAAUCAUAUUAGAUCAUUUAAAUUUAGUUGAAUUUCAUCAAGAUAUCAUUUAUGGAUUACCUGCUAAAGGAUAUGAAAUGGUUAGUAUUGGAUCAACUGUUAAAUGUGGUAUUCAAGGUAUGAUUUCAAAAGAAACUUGUCCUAUUAAAUUAUUGACUUUUCAAGGUCAUCCUGAAUUUACAACUGAUAUUGCUUUAGAUAUGUUGAAAAGUAAAUUUGAAAAUGGUUUGAUUACUGAAACUGAAUAUGAAAAAUAUAAAUAUCAAACUACAAGUUUAAAUAAUCAAGGUGAUUUGAUUGGAAGAGUGAUUCUAAAAUUCCUAUUAACUUGA